AUGGCUCAAUGGCUCGCUGUUGACAUAGCAGCGCUUGAUUUAUGGAAACCAAGCUUUUCAGAGGAUAUCUACCCUGGCAGCGAAGUGCAUGUACGGGUGCCAUCAUCACUCUUGCAUGAUACCAAGUUUAAUCUUCACCAAAAACGGAUUUCAUUCAGUGUUCUAAUAGAUGAUGUCCAAAAAUGCAUAGAUGAGCAAUUUGUUGUUGAACGUAGACAUAAGAGAUCAUUGUCAUCAUUUAAUUAUACAAAAUACCAUCCAAUGGAUGAGAUCUAUGAAUGGAUGGAUGAAAUCAAAGAAACACAUAAAGAACUAGUCACAUUACAUUACCUGGGGUCAACCUAUGAGACAAGACCCAUUUACUAUAUUAAAAUUGGGCUGCCAUCUAAUAGAAAAAAGAAAAUCAUAUGGAUGGACUGUGGAAUUCAUGCUCGUGAAUGGAUCUCAGUGGCGUUUUGUCAGUGGUUCAUUAGAGAGAUACUUCAGCCUCACAGCGACAAUCGUGUGAUAAAUAAAGUUCUGGAAAACAUAGAUUUUUAUAUUGUCCCUGUUCUCAAUAUUGAUGGUUUUGUUUAUUCCUGGACUACGGAUCGCCUUUGGAGAAAAUCUCGCUCACCACAUGAUAAUGGAAAAUGUUAUGGUGUGGACCUGAAUAGAAACUUUAAUUCAAAUUGGUGCACAAUUGGUGCUUCAACAAAUUGCAGCGACAUUACAUUCUGUGGAACAGGACCUGCAUCAGAACCAGAGGUCCAGGCUUUAUCACAGUUAGUGAGCAGUCUUAAAUCUGACAUCUUGUGCUUCCUGACAAUGCAUUCAUAUGGACAGCUUAUUCUCCUUCCUUAUGGGUACACAAAAGAUCCAUCUGUUAAUCACGAUGAGCAGUUGUUAGUUGGUCAGAAGGUGGUUUCUAAAAUUGCAGAAGCUCAUGGUGCUCAGUAUCGAGUUGGAUCUGCAUCUCACAUUCUGUAUAAUAACUCUGGUUCAUCUAGGGAUUGGGCCACAGAUCUCGGAAUUCCUUUUUCAUACACCUUUGAGCUAAGAGAUAAUGGAACUUAUGGAUUUAUUCUUCCUGAACAUCAGAUUCAACCUACAUGUGAAGAGGCUACUGCUGGCAUUAUGGCCAUUGUCAACUAUCUAAAUGAAAAACAUUUUAAUAGUGCAUCAAAUAUUUUCUCUGGAGCUUUGUGGAUUAAUUUGAGUUUUUCAGCAGUCAUUGGCACAUACUAUUCCAUAUAUUGA